AGCAUCGGUUGGAGGCGACGGUAAGCUUUUUGUCCGCUUUCGCAUUCCGUCUAGCGGAAUCUGAGGUCCAGCAGCGUUAACUCUGAAAGUACCCUGAUCACAAACUUGAACUAUCAACAUAAAUGUUCUGCGGACUAAAUAAUUGUGUAAUCGCUGGCUCAUCUCCUCAUGGCAGAGAUUUUUUAUGUUGGAGUGGACGUGGGCACAGCCAGUGUGAGGGCUGCACUAGUGACCAGGGAGGGCCUGCUGAAGAGCACUGCACAGGAGCCAAUCGGCAUCUGGGAGCCGGAGUCUGACCACUAUGUCCAGUCCUCCACUGAGAUCUGGGAGAAAUGCUGCACAGUUGUCAAGAAAGUUACUCACGGUGUGGAGAAGAGCCAGAUUAGGGGGAUUGGCUUUGAUGCCACCUGCUCUCUAGUGGUUUUGGACCAAAGCUUUCAGCCUGUGCCUGUCAGUCAGUCAGGUGACCCCCAAAGGAACGUGGUGAUGUGGAUGGACCAUCGUGCUACAGAGCAGGCUGAUCGUAUAACAAAAAAUGGCCACAGGGUCCUGAGCAGGGUAGGAGGAGUCAUGUCACCAGAGAUGCAACCCCCUAAGCUGCUCUGGCUCAAAGAGAAUCUAAAUGAGAGCUGCUGGAACAAAGCCAGUCACUUUUUUGAUCUUCCAGACUUCUUGUCGUGGAAGGCAUCCGGCUCUUUAACGAGGUCUUUAUGUACUCUGGUGUGUAAGUGGACCUACUGCCCUCCAGAAGGAUGGGAUGCCAGCUUCUGGACAAGCAUUGGACUGGACGACCUUCUGGAAAAUAACUUCUCCAAAAUAGGCAGUGUGACGAGUCCUCCAGGAAGUCCACUGGGAGACGGCCUUACACAGGAGGCAGCAGCAGAUUUGGGUUUGGACCCAGGAACUGCAGUUGGGGCUUCUCUCAUCGAUGCUCAUGCUGGAGGCUUAGGUGUGAUCGGUGCUGAUGUGAAAGGUUUUCAUUUGCCCUGUGAGGGUCAGCCGAUCACUGCACGCAUGGCGCUGAUCUGUGGAACGUCAACUUGUCACAUGGCGAUCAGUGAGCAGCCACUGUUUGUGCCAGGAGUGUGGGGGCCCUACCUAUCUGCCAUGGUGCCUGGACUGUGGCUCAACGAGGGAGGGCAGAGUGUGACAGGAAGGCUGAUUGACCACAUGGUGAAAGGUCACACUGCAUAUACCCAGCUCCAGGAACAGGUUCAGCAGAGGCUUCCUUUUGCUGGCGAGAAUAUCUACAGCUACUUGAACAACCAUUUGAGUUCGAUGGCCAACUCCUGCUCUGCUGUCGAUCUGCUGGGGUCCAGUCUUCACGUGUGGCCGGACUUCCAUGGAAACAGGUCGCCCCUGGCUGACCCAACUUUGAAGGGCAUGGUAGUUGGACUCUCUUUGUCCCAGACCUUGGAUGACUUGGCCCUUCUCUACCUGGCCACCAUGCAAGCCCUCGCUCUCGGUACACUUCAUAUUCUGGAGGCCAUGAAAGAAGCAGGACAUGAAAUCAGAACCCUCUUCCUGUGUGGUGGAUUGAGCAAAAACAACCUGUUUGUACAGAUUCAUGCUAAUGCUACAGGAUUGCCUGUAGUGUUGCCAGACCAAACUGAAGCUGUGCUAGUGGGAGCAGCAGUGCUGGGAGCAUGUGCAUCAAGACACUACAGCUCUAUACAGGAGGCCAUGGAAAAAAUGGCUAAAGUGGGGAAAGUCAUCCAGCCUGACAGGGAAGUCCAGAGCUUCUAUGAAAGGAAGUACAAGGUGUUCCUGCGACUGCUCGCCCACCAGAGGGAGUGCCAGGCCCUCAUGAGCCAGAGAUGACAGUGCUGGUGGGAGGUGUCUGAGAUGAAGCUCGCUCUCUGUGACGCAACAGUGAUGACAAAUCAAGAACGAGACGUCUUAACCUUGCUGCUUUUUUCAGUAUAAAUAAUGUUUUUUAAUUCUAUUAUGGGGGUUUAACAUUCUCAUGUGAUACUAUGUCAUAUAUGCAGGACUUAUCAGAUUACA